GUUUAAUUUCUGGAGCUGCUCCUUUGUGUCUGCUGCCCCCGAGGUGGAGAAGCUUUUUCAGUCUGUUGCAGAAACUUGCCUUGACCAGGCCUCGGACCAGCAGCAGCAGCAGCAGCAGCAGCAGCAGCAGCAACAACAGCAGCAGCAACAGCAGCAGCAGCAGCAGCAGCAGCUGGCGCAGGCAGCGAGGUAG